AUGUUUUAUGGGGGUUUAUUUUGUUCUCCCUUUUCUUUACUCGCCCACACUUGUAGGAAGUUGGCAGGAUGCACACUCUUCAUCACGGGUGCGAGCCGGGGCAUUGGCAAAGCCAUUGCCCUGAAGGCUGCCAAGGACGGUGCCAACAUUGUCAUAGCUGCCAAGACCGCUGAACCCCAUCGCACCCUGCAGGGAACCAUCUACUCUGCUGCAAAAGAGAUUGAAGAAGCUGGAGGAAAGGCAAUGCCAUGUGUUGUUAAUGUGAGAGAAGAAGAUCAAAUUAUUAAGGCUGUGGAGACGGCUGUGAAGACUUUUGGAGGCAUUGAUAUUCUGGUGAACAAUGCAAGCGCCAUUUCUUUGUCUGGCACUUUGGAAACAGAAACAAAGAAGGCCAAUCUUAUGAUGGAUGUCAAUGUACGAGGAACCUUCCUGACGUCUAAAAUAUGCCUUCCUCACUUAAGAAAGAGUAGGAAUGCCCACAUCCUGAAUCUCAGUCCGCCACUUAAUCUGAAUCCCGUCUGGUUCAAAAAUCAUUGUGCUUACACCAUUUCUAAAUAUGGGAUGUCCAUGUGUGUCUUGGGAAUGGCAGAAGAAUUUAGAGGAGAAGUUGCUGUCAAUGCUUUAUGGCCUAAAACAGCCAUUUAUACAGCUGCUAUGGAUAUGCUGGGAGGAAGCGGAAUAGAAAAACAGUGCAGGAAAACCGACAUUCUUGCAGAUGCUGCAUAUUGCAUUUUAACAAAACCAAAAAGUUUCACUGGAAACUUCGUUAUUGAUGAAUCUCUCUUGAGAGAAGAAGGAGUUAAGGAUUUUGAUGUCUAUGCAGUUGCACCAGGUCAUCCUCUGUUGCCUGACUUCUUCUUGGAUGACGAACCUGAUCUGAAGGCAAUGAAACUAGAACAGCAUGGUGCUUCCCCAAUAUUCAAAGAGGAAAAGAAAGCAAGUCGACCUAAGCAUGAAGGACCAGAUGGAGCUAAGGUUAAUUUAGAAUCGGCUUCGGCCAAGCCACUGGGUCCUGUUGGAGAAACAUUUAAAGUUAUUCAGGGAGCAAUAACUGAAGAGUUUGUGAAGGCUAUUCAGGGCGUCUUCAUGUUUGAAUUAUCUGGUGAUGAUGGAGGCACGUGGUACAUCGACCUGAAAACCAAAGGCGGGAGCGCUGGCUCGGGCAAGCCCCCGGUGAAGGCCGACGUGGUGAUGAGCAUGUCAAGUACCGACUUCGUGAAGAUGUUCACAGGUAAACUAAAGCCAACCAUGGCCUUCAUGUCAGGAAAAUUAAGGAUCAGUGGUAACAUGGCAUUAGCAAUGAGGCUGGAAAAGAUGCUGGUACAGCUCAACUCCAAGCUGUAAGGGGAAAGGCUUACUAGUAGAACAUUGGCCUGUCAAAUAAAACCACAGUGCUGUUUAAAAUGAUAAUUCUUGCUUUGAUAC